AUGGUCCUCGGCAUCCUCCUCCGACUCGACCAUUGCAGCCGCGACGAACGGGAUGACGGGCAGGUUGUCGCCCUCGUCGACUUUGAUGGCACCAUGAUGGGCGGCCAGGCGAGCGCAAGCGGCUCGGACGCUCUUGUCUACCUCUCUUUUCGAGGGGGCCAGUACAUCCGUGUUAUCACCCGUGAUCCCAGUGGGUGGUGGGACGGCGAGUGCGACAGUCGCAGAGGUUGGUUUCCAAGCAACUAUGUCAAGCCGUUCGAGUGGGGCCAGGAAUCGCGACGCCAGUCACGCGGCGAGCCACCCCCUAGUCCCCGCCGCACUUCGCGCAGCGUAGCUAGCUCGUUCACCGAGAACAAGUCGCGCCAUACCUCGAUGCUCUCGUCGGCGUCAUACGCGUCAUACCAGUCCCAUGCCUCCCAGCAGUCGUACUCGACCAUCAACCACGCGUUGUCUCCUCUUUCUGAGGAGUAUAAUGCCCUCCUACAGCCGGCCAUCGCAGCACUCACCGCGUACCAGCGCGACAUUCGCGACCAACCCAACCAGAGUUCCGUUGCACACUAUGCACAGGCUGUACUGGCCAGCAUUCGCACAAUCUUGUCACGGACAGGCUGCGUCAAGAAGCACUCGGACCUUCUUCGGAACUCUAUGUUAAGCAGGGCGCGGUCUGCGACAUUACACGGCCUCACGCCAUUCGUGAACAGCGCCAAACGGCUACAGGCCGCCCAGCAGCCUUACCCCGAAGAGCUGAUCGAAGCGACGCUUGCAGAGGCGACGUCGCUCUUCGGCUCGAUCCGCAAGUUUGUCGCUGUGGCGAGUGAACUAGGGGUGCCCGUGGGUGACGAGGAAGACAGCAGCUCCGAGGCAGCGCUGCGGACCGCCUUCACUUCAUCGCGGAGAAUGCGUGUGACGUCGAACGGGCACUCUGGUGAUAGGAGCUCGACCUUUAGACUCAAGUCGGCGAGCACGAACGACCUGCGUGGUGCAGCGCGGCGGCAGGGCACGAACAGCCCACCACCACCAAUGCCCAUAAGCGCGUCGGCGCGUCCCAGCCCGGCCUUCUCGGCCGCCAUGGCCAUGUCGCCGGCUUCCUCUGGCCAGUCGUCCCCCGGUCUCAGCGGCUUCGGAGGCUCCUUGCGCGGCCAACGGCGAACCUCAUCAGCAACGCGACACGCACGAUCGACGUCCUUCGAGUUGCUCAUGUCUGCGACCAACUCUCCCGACUUCAGCACACCUGAUAUGUCGCAUAACACCCCGCCCACUCACAGCCGGCGGGAGGACGAGGUGGAGAACGCUGUGUACGCUUACACCAACAGGCAGGAGGUGCACGAAGCCGUCGCGGCUGCUGAGGACGGGCUGCUGUCCGUCAUAGCAAGUUUUAUUGGACACAUCCAUUCGCACCACAUCGACUCCCAUCCAUCGAGCCACGCAUAUCUGAUCGAGCUUACGCGCGAGACGGUCGACGGCGUGCGUGAGCUCCUGUCCAUCAUUGAGGGCGUCGGGCGGGGGGCCGGGGCCCUGGGUGUACGCCAGCGUGAGAUCGACGGCCUCAAGGUCGCACGUAACGAGCUGUUCGAUGCCGCGAGUCACCUCGUCGAGAGCGCCGAGAAGGUGGCAAAUGCCCCGUUCACCGAAUCCGGCAGUGACCAGUACGACGAGGAGAAGAGCAACUUGUUACAGCACACGACGUUGACACUACGGGCGGGGUCCGAGUGCGCGCGUGUCGUUCGAAGAACUGUCCCAGAUUCGGAGGACAGCUCGGACACAACUACGACGACGGCGGGAUACUCGUCGUCGUCGCGUGGGGGUUAUCAGGGCAUCGGGCUGGGUAUCCGUGGCGGCCCACAGUCGAUACAGGGCUUGCAGAGACGUGCCACGAGUCUCACUCAGUUGCACAAGCACUUCAACUCCGACGGUGUGCGUGUCACGACCGAGGGCUCGGUGCGGAGAAUCCAGAAUGAUGACGACCAAGAGAUUGUCGCCGACUCGGACACUGAUGGCGAGUACCUCGUCGACGCCAGCAACUUGCCGCCGCGCCACAGCUCGCGCCCGAUCUCGCAUCCUGCGGGCUCCGAGCACCAGCAGCAUCUGGCAAUGGAGGCAUCGCGCUCACGCUCUACGAGCAUGUCGUCGCCAUCCAAGGUCGGCUCUGUCUUCGCAAACGAGAUCGACUUGACAGACGACUUACCGGAGUCAUCGACCGUGUCGCGACCUCCGACGCUCACGUCGUUCUCGUCACAGUCACACACGUCCAUCUCACAACUCUCAACAACCUCUCCAUUCCCGCAGUCGAUGAGCUCCGGUGAGCUCCAUGCCGCGUCUCCCGCCCCGAACCAAUCGAUCAACGGCGAGUCGCCCGUCGUCGAUCCGUCCAUCGAGGGCCUCAAGCACGCAGCCAAGAACUUUACACCGCCAGCCGGUCCAGCUCCCGCACGGCCACCACCUCCGCCGGACUCGCCCGCGCUCUCGCUAGACGGUAAGAACGAGGAUGGCGACCUGCGCUUCUGGGUCGUCUCCCACGACUACGACCCGCGCGAAGUCGCGUUCAACUCGGACGGCUUGCUUGUCGGUGGUACGCUGCGCGUGCUCAUCGAGAAACUCACGCCUGUGGAUGGGCUCCCGGAUCGCAAUUUUGCUGAAGCGUUCUGGUUCACGUUCCGCCUGUUUUCGAACCCAACUGACGUCCUCGAGACGUUUAUCCAGCGAUUCAACAUUGCUGCGCCGCCAGUCGUGGCCGGCCUUGGAGAUGAGGCCCUGGCGAUGUGGGGUGAGAACAAGCAGAAGCCAGUGCGCUACCGCGUCAUCAUCUGCCUCAAGACGUGGCUCGAUCACUACUGGCGCCCUGGCACGGACGAGGCCGUGAUCGACCGCUUCGACGCUUUCCUCAACUCGGAGGUGAUGAAGGCAGUGCCUCUCGCUACCCGCGCGCAAGACUCGCUCCGCAAGCGCAUGGCUGCCAUGACGGAUAAGGACGGCGGGGACGGCGACUCGAAGAGCUCGCUGGGACACACAAGUGGCAAGUCUUUCGACCGCGGCCGCGCGCCACCCGGCAUUGUACUGUCGCAAAACCCGGUCGCGACGGUCAAGACGCCGAUCAUCAGCAAGACGCUCAUGGCGCAACUGAGCAAGAAUCCGCCACCCAACAUCCUCAUCACCGACUUCGACACGACGGAGUUGGCUCGUCAGCUGACGAUUAUGGAGAGCAAGCUCUUCAUGGCUGUCGCACCCGAAGACCUGUUGCAGACGGGCAAGAAGAGCGUGCCCGAGUUGAAGGCCCUCAGCACGCUCAGCAACCAGAUCACGGGUUGGGUGACGGACGUCAUCUUACACGAGCUCGACACGAAGCAUCGCGGAGCGCUGCUCAAAUUCUUCAUCAAGUUGGCAGACAAAUGCCUCUCGCUGAAUAACUUUUCGACACUGUUCGCCGUCUUAGCAGGCUUGAACAGCAGCACGAUUGGGCGCCUGAAGCAUACCUGGGCGGUGCUCAACCCCAAAUACCGUAUGGCCAUGGACCGACUACGUGCUGUCAUCGAGCACACUAAAAACCACGCUGCGUACCGCGCGCGUUUACGUGAGGUCACAGAGCCAUGCUUGCCGUUCCUCGGCUUGAUUUUGUCCGACAUUACGUUCACCCAGGACGGUAACCCGAACACACGGCCGAGCACGAUCUCGCCCGACAUCCAGCUCAUCAACCAGGACAAAUUUGCCAAGCUCGGCCGCAUUGCCGCCGACCUUAAGCGCUAUCAGGCGCCAUUCGAUUUCAAAGAGAUCGAGGUGGUACAGCGCUACCUCACACGCGUUCUAGCCGAGCGAGGGAGCGGCUCGCUUGACGCGCUGUACAGAAAGAGUCUGAUGCUUGAGCCCAGGCAGGGCUCGGAGCGGCUCAGCAGCGCCGUCGAGAAACCGGGGUGGCUCGGCGCGCGAUUGCAAGCAUGA